GCUCAGAUCAUCCUCCACCUGCAGCCAAGCUGAGAGCAAUGAAUCCUGAAUACUCCUCUGCACCUUACCCUGAUGAGACCGUCGCACUGCAGGACAGGGGACAUGGAGCGUCCCCUGGACAGCCUGGGGGUCCCACAGGAGUUCAGCACACCGUAGUGAACGUCCCCACUGAGCCCACCAAAGAUUAUCUGGUCUGGUCGCUGUGGAACUUCGUCUAUGGAAAUAUUUUCUGUCUUGGAUUGGCGGCUCUCAUUUAUUCUGUCAAGGCCAGAGACAGGAAGAUGGUUGGAGAUCAGAACGGAGCCAUAGGUCACGCCUCCACCGCUCAGGUUCUCAACAUCGUGGCGACUGUACUGACAUCUUUAAUCGUCUUUCUCGUCAUUGUUGUGCCCAUUGCUGUAGUUGCAAGUGCUGCAAGGCCUUACUCAUAUUACCAGCAUCGRAUCUAGAAAAAUAUUGAUGGGGUGGCAAAAGGGGGGCAGGGAUUUGUUCAGGGAUGGCAGCAUAUCUCCAUAUAUAUACGUUUAGCUUACACAGACCUAACAUUGGAUUUAAUAUACUUGAUUUAUUUGUUGCAAAAUGUUUUUAACUUGCAUUGUUUCAAAAUGAGCUUUAUGUAGCACUGUGGAUUAAAUAUAGUUUCUUAUUAUAGUAUAGUUAAUUAUUUUUAUGUCUUUCAUACUCCUGCUAAUUGAUAUGUAUUAUUGGAUUGGACARCGCCUAUUAGUCACUAUGUAAUUCAUUGAGUUAUGUCCAGAAAACCAUUUUAUCCCAAUGCGUGACGAGCAGAAAUCUGUCACAAAAAUAUUAGUAGUGCUUCAUUUGUUAUCAGAUAUAUCUAAAUAAAGAGGAGAAAACUGAUGUUUCAUCAAUUCUCUGUGAUACAAAUCAAUAAACAAUUUUGUUUCGUUA